AGGAAGCGCUAAUCUGACGGUUUAUCGGAUCCUUCACAGGGGUGCCAGACUGAGCUGGCAUCAUCACUCGGGCACUGUGUGUACUUUCACCGAAAAACAGUCAAAUCAGGUACUAAGAGUACAGAAGAUCGGAUCACCUUAAGUGUGUGGUUCUGCACUCUUGAAGCACAAUGCCUGCCGGUGUGUGUGGAUGCUGCGGGCGUUGUCGACCUCGCUACAAGCGCUUAGUGGACAACAUUUUCCCAGAGGACCCCAAGGAUGGUUUGGUGAAAUCAGAUAUGGAGAAGUUGACGUUUUUUGCUGUGUCUGCUCCAGAGAAGCUUGACCGUAUAGGAGAGUACCUUGCAGAACGCCUCAGCAGGGAUGUGGCCCGACACCGCUAUGGAUAUGUUCCAAUUGCAAUGGAAGCUCUGGAUCAGUUGCUGAUGGCUUGUCACUCUCAGAGCAUUAAACCAUUUGUGGAGAGCUUCUUGCACAUGGUGGCAAAGCUGCUGGAGUCCAAGGAACCUGAUUUGCAAGUGCUGGGUACUAACUCUUUUGUGAAGUUUGCGAACAUCGAGGAGGACACACCUUCAUAUCAUCGACGUUAUGAUUUUUUCGUCUCCCAAUUCAGCGCCAUGUGUCAUUCCACACAUGAAGACCCAGAGACACGUACCAGGAUCCGAGUAGCUGGAAUCAAAGGACUGCAGGGAGUUGUGAGAAAGACUGUGAAUGAUGAAUUGCAGGCAAUCAUCUGGGAACCUCAGCACAUGGACAAACUCAUUCCCUCCAUGCUCUUUAACAUGCAGGACAAUGAAGACUCAGACAGGGGUGCUGGAGAGGAGAACCCUGCAUCUCUGGCUGAGAGCUGUUUCCGGGAGCUGCUUAACCGUGCUGCAUUUGGCAACAUGAACAACGCCGUGCGACCAGUACUAGUGCAUUUUGAUAAUCAUCAUUUGUGGGAUCCAAACGAGUUUGCUGUAUCCUGCUUCAGGAUCAUAAUGUUCUCCAUACAGGAACAGCACGCCCAUCAUGUGAUCCAGCAGGUUCUGAACCACCUGGACACACACAGCAAGGACACACCACGUGUACGAGCAGGUAUCGUCCAGGUGUUGCUGGAAACUGUCGCCAUUGCAGCCAAGGGUCCUGUCGGCCCCACGGUGUUGGAGGUUUUUAACACAUUGCUCAAGCACCUCCGAUUGAGUGUUGAUUUUGAGCUUGGUGAUGGUUCUCGCAGAAACUCAGGAACAAGUGUUUCUUCCAGUCGUGGCAAAGAAAAUGAGGAACGCAUAGUCCAGAACGCCAUCAUCCAGACCAUAGGAUUCUUUGGAGGUAAUCUACCUGACUAUCAGCGUGCUGAGGUUAUGUUGUUUAUCAUGGGAAAAGUUCCAGUCUACGGGACACCCUGCCACACUCUGGACACCAGCAAAAUUGGACCCCAAGGUACUAGGAGGAUUCAGACGAUGCUCCUCAGUUCUCUUAUUAUGGUCACAUCUGGUUUUAAGUGCAAGACAAUGAAUGCAGGAUUGCACGUAGCGUUUCUGGAGCCUCUGUGCUCAAUAUCUCUGAUGGAGGACAGUGAGCUCCGCCAGCUUGUCCUGGAGAUCCUACACAACAUCAUUGAUCGACACGAUAACAGAGCCAAACUCCGUGGCAUCCGGAUCAUUCCUAAUGUUGCUGCUUUGAAGAUAAAGCGAGAGAAGAUCUCCAAACAAGACGUUGUUUUCAUGAAGACGCAUGGGCAGCAGUUAUACAGGCAUAUCUAUCUGGGCUGUAAGGAGGACGAUAAUGUUCAGAAGAAUUUUGAGCUUCUCUUCACUGCUUUGGCUCUGCUCACAAUAGAACUGGCUAAUGAGGAUGUGGUUAUAGAUCUUAUCCGCCUCUCCCUUGCUCUACAGGAAAUGGCUUUAGAAAAUGAAGAAAACAUGCCAAUGUUUAUUCGUUGUGGCAUCAUGGCACUGGUUGCAGCUUACCUUAACUUCCUCAGCCAAAUGAUUGCCAACUCCGCUUUCUGCCAGCAUGUCAGCAAGGUUAUUGAGUUGAGGAAUGUGGAAGCUCCUUGUCUGCUACCUGAACAGGUUUUCAAAGAGAAGUGUGUCUUGCCUGCGUGUUUGGAUCGUGAGGACAGUGGAUUGUAUUUUCAGACAGCUGAUCUUGUGGAGGCCCUCUCCGGACCCGGAUACAACGCAGAGAGACUCAGUGUGCCGUACGUGCCACAGGUUACAGUCCUUUACACAGUAGGGAAGAUUUUGAACAGAUGCAGGCAGACAUCCAGAGAUGAAGAGCGGUUAACUCGGAGGAAGAGUUUUGUCGACACCAUCUCACUUCAGGUGGACAUCCUAUCCAACAGUCUUCCUGACCAGUCACAAUUGGCUGAGGAGAUUACCUACGAGACUCUAAAGAAGGCUAUUGCCACUACUGGACUGGAAGAGCAGGAAAGAGAAAAGCGAAGGCAGGUGAUGGAAAAGUUCCAGAAAGCUCCAUUUGAGGAAAUUGCUGCACACUGUGAAUCAAAGGCUAACAUGCUGCAUGAUCGUUUGGCUCAGAUCUUUGAACUGACUAUACGCCCACCUCCCAGUCCAUCUGGCACUGUAACGGUGACGUCUGGCCAUGCCCAGUACCAGUCCAUACCUGUCUACGAGAUGAAGUUUCCUGAUCUCUGUGUCUACUGACCUUAACCUGUAUUGUAUCAUAACCACCCACCAUUAAACCGUUGGUGUUCACUA